GCAUCUGACCCUGCGUGCCUUUCAUAGGGCAUUUCUGGAAGGAGAGAGCGUGUGUGUGCGCGCGUGUGUGCGCAUGGGAGCCCAAGAGCUUGAGCCAGCACACGUGCCUGUGAGGAGUAAGUGGGAGGGGGCUUGCAGGGGAGGGGGUGCUGCUAGGUGAGGGGGAACUGCAGGGCCUCAGUUGCCAAGAGGCUGGUAGUAUCUGUCAGCUGUUUGCACACUGUUUACCCAUAGGGGAUCUAUUACAAGUGCUCAAAUGAACCGGCAGCUUAGAAACUAGCAGCUUCCUGGGAGCUGCAAUUAUAUAAGCAUAUAUUUUUAAUAUAAUAAUAAUUAAAAAGCAAGCAGCAGCAGUAUGCCUGGAUCAGCUACAGCUCUCCGACAAGAGAGACUGAAGAAGACCAAUGCAAGGCCAGUCCCCCUUGGUUUAUUCACCAUUAAUGAGGAAGAUGAACAGCUAAAGAAUGGAAAUUCCAGAAGACCGAAAGCGCCUGACAGCCACAAAGUGCAAGAUAAGAAAGCUGCUGCCUCCAACCGGCCCUCCUCUGCUGUUUCAGGACAAAAUAGCAACCACUCAGGAAAUAGACCAGACCCUCCGCCUGUGCUGCGGGUUGACGACCGGCAGCGGCUGGCCCGGGAGCGGCGUGAGGAACGGGAGAAGCAACUAGCUGCGAGAGAAGUCAUCUGGUUGGAGAGAGAAGAGCGAGCCAGGCAGCACUAUGAAAAGCACCUGGAGGAGCGGAGGAAGAAGUUAGAGGAGCAGAGGCUGAAGGAAGAACGGAGGAGGGCUGCUGUGGAGGAGAAGCGGAGGCAGAGGCUCGAGGAGGACAAGGAACGCCAUGAAGCUGUUGUACGACGUACGAUGGAAAGGAGCCAGAAGCCAAAACAGAAGCAUAACCGGUGGUCCUGGGGAGGUGCUCUCCAUGGGAGCCCCAGCAUCCACAGUGCAGAUCCAGACAGGCGGUCAGUUUCCACCAUGAAUCUUUCGAAACAUGUUGAUCCGGUCAUUAGCAAGCGGCUCUCCUCUUCAUCUGCAACUUUACUAAAUUCUCCAGAUAGAGCUCGCCGCCUGCAGCUCAGCCCAUGGGAGAGCAGCGUCGUUAACAGAUUGCUGACGCCCACACAUUCGUUCCUGGCCAGAAGUAAAAGCACAGCUGCCUUGUCUGGAGAUACAGCAUCUUGCAGCCCCAUCAACAUCAUGCCCUACAAAGCUGCACACUCUAGAAAUCCGACGGAGCGACCAAAAUUCUUUGUAACAGCGCCCGAGGGCUCCGCGCGAAGGAGGACUGUUCACGGCACAGCGGGCUAUAAAAGAGAGAGGGAGAGAGAAAAUGUACCCUUCCACCUCACAUCCAGCUUCCGAAGGGCUCUAUCUCCGUCUCAUCCCAAAGCCAGGUCUCCAGCUUCCUCCCGACUUUGGCUCCCAUCCAAGUCCUUCCCCCAUUUGCCUGGCACACCCAGACCAACCUCUGCGUCUCCUGGAUCAGUCAAAGCUGCCCCUGCUCAGGUCCGGCCCCCCUCCCCCGGCAACAUCCGCCCCAUCAAGAGAGAAGUCAGAGUGGAACCCGACAGAAAAGACCCUGAGAAAGAACCUCAUAAAGUUGCCAACGAGCCCUCACUGAAGGGCAGAACACCUUUAGGGAAGGUAGAAGAAGCCACAGUUGAAGAAGGGACACCCAUCGAAGCAGAGGCUGCCCCUGCUGCUCCAGCGGCAGCCCCAGCUCCAGUCCCAGCCUCCGAGCCAGCGCCAGGUCCGGCCUCAGCCUCCACGCCAGUCCCAUCCCCCACUGUGACUGCCAGUACUUCUCCUAAGACCUCUGCAGGCACCACCGACCCGGAAGAGGCCACGAGGCUGCUGGCAGAGAAGAGGCGGCUGGCCCGAGAGCAGAGAGAGAAGGAGGAAAGGGAGAAGAGGGAGAAGGAAGAGCUGGAAAGACAAAAGAGGGAGGAGUUGGCUCAAAAGGUGGCUGAAGAGAGAACCCGCAGGGAGGAGGAGGCCCGCCGGCUGGAAGCAGAGCAAGCCCGGGAGAGGGAAGAGCAGCUGCGGCAGCAGGAGGAGGAGCGGGCGCGGCGCGAGCAGGAAGAGAUGGAGCGCGUCCAGAAGCAGAAAGAAGAAGAAGCGCGUGUUCGCGAAGAAGCAGAGAGGGUCCGGCAGGAACGGGAGAAGCAUUUCCAGAGAGAAGAGCAGGAGCGCCUGGAGAGAAAGAAGCGACUUGAAGAGAUUAUGAAAAGAACCAGGAGAACAGAAGCUGCAGAUAAGAAAACUGUUGAUCAGAGAAACGGAGAUAUAACCAAGGGAGCUCUCACUGGAGGAACAGCGGUAUCUGCACUUCCAUGUAUGACAAACUCUUCAGGACAAGGAGAACCAGCAGCCAGCCCCCAUGCGGUUACCUCACACCAAUCCAAAGUGACUGCGGAGAGUACUCCCAAUUUGGAGAAACAACCAAAUGAAAAUGGAGUAUCAGUUCAGAAUGAAAAUUUUGAAGAAAUUAUAAAUUUGCCCAUUGGCUCUAAACCAUCCAGAUUAGAUGUCACCACCAGUGAGACUGCGGAUCUUCCUUUGAAUCCAAUCUUGGCCUUUGACGAUGAAGGGACACUUGGGCCACUGCCUCAGGUAGAUGGUGUUCAGACACAGCAGACAGCAGAAGUUAUAUGAACAUUUCUUCUGAAGAACCAAAGCAGAAAUUUGGUAAGAAUUUCUACAAUUAAUGGAAUUCCUUCCAUGCUAUAAAGGAGCAUCCCCCUCCUCCAGUUUUCUAAGGAUUUCUUGAUCAUCAUUUUGAAAAGACUUUAUUAAAACCAGCGAAAGACAACAGACUGGAUAGCUUUUCUAAUAAUUUUUGCCAGUAGAGAAAAAGAAAUGCUCCUCGUUCUUCAGUACUUUAAAAUGGCUUUUUCCAGUGUGCUCCUUCUUAGGAAAUCAAUAUUUUUCUGCAUUCUCUAAAAGAUGAGAGCAUUUGACUAUAAAAAGAGAUGGGCUGAGUAGGCGUGAUUUUUCACAUAGGUAUUUUGGUCUUUAAAAGCUAACAUGUAAAAUUGGCACAAAAAUUUUUACCUUUUACAGUAUAAUACUUGAAAUAUAAGUACCUCUUGGUUCCACAAGUAGAGUGAAUAGGAGAGGUGUUUAAAUUAAGCCUGUUUGUUUAUAUAUUACUACAAAGCACUCUGUUUGUAGAGGCAAACUAUAGGCAGGUUACCAGGUUCUUGUAAAUGCACCUUGUACAUGGACAUUCUGCAGACCCCGCCGUCCUGUUAUUCUUGCAUCUCUUUUUGCAAACGCAUACUCAACAGUUUUAAAAUGUGAAGAAAAAAAAAGUUAUUUUUUCAGAGCAAGAAAAUAAUUCACUGUCCUCUUAAAUAAUGUAUUUAUAAAGUUUUUUCAGAUUAAAACUAAUCAAAAUAAAUUAGAAUAAUGUGAGAACACUGCAAAAUUUGAUUUAUGGGAUGCAUUCCUGUGUCACCAUGAGAGAAUGUUGCUGAUGAUUCAGGGCUAUUUCUGAAGUCUUUUUAUUGCUGCUGUCCCCAGUGAUGGUGGGACUUAUCUUUGCCUUACCUGAUCACAAAUUAUAUGGGGGACGGGGGGGAGAUUAAGAUUUAGUAUUUCUUUAAAUAAAAAAAGAAUUUGGUUUUGCUCGUUUAAGAGCAAUGAAAAAGUGACAGAAUGUUGACUGUGUUUAGCACCCAGGACACUACAGGAUACCUUCCCGAAGGCCCUCGUUCUGCGUUGCAUCCAUGAGCUUUCACCUUUCAUUCUUAUUCUUCACUUUUGCUGCUGAGCUUAGCUGUAUAAACCUGCACUUUCAUUUGAUAAUAUAAAUUCAAUUUUAUUUUACCAUUCGAAGGAGAGAGAACAUUGAGGGAACACAUUUUUAUUAUGGAGUGUUAAAAAAAAAAGGUAAAUUUCUGCCACUAGAGUGUGUUUUAGUAAAAGAGGGAUUGAUUAACCUACUAGAUUGAAUGAGAAGCUAUUCAUUUAUUGGACUGUUUCCUUAAAAUCCAAGCAUAUUGUCUUUAGUAACAGCUGUAAUUUGUUAAAACAUUAAUUUUGGGUUUUUCCCUAUUCUGAGUUGUCCAUGUACACAUAGUCAUAUUAAAAAAAAAAAUGUUCAACCAAAUUGGGUUUUUUUGUUUAAAUCGACCUAGCGUGAAACAUCAGAUGUGUUUGACAUAGUUUUUCUUUUAGGUUUCUUUAUUGUCAUACCUUCACUUAGGUUGAUUCUUAAUUUUUCAACUUAUUCUUCAUUUAACCUUAGUCAGCUUCCUCUGAACAGGCAUACAGAAUAGGUUUAUUUAAAAUUGAGAGCAAUAGUUCUGUUUUGGCUAGGUUUUCCUUUUUUUUUUAUUUUUUUAUUUUUUUUUUUUUUACCUUGAGCAUUCAUUACGCAAAACUGAAAGCCUUCUAAGUAAUCGAAUUUUAAUUAGAAGUGGUAGAAAAUUGUUAACUAUAUUUUGUUAGUGACACUGGCAGAGGAUGACCUUGACCUUUACAGUGGCUAGAUUGCUUUCUGUCUAGCCUUUGAAGAUCAGUAUUCGCCUGCUGAUCUAGAAGAGGUGCUUAAUAGGCACUACAUUAAGGGAAAUUCUCAGGGAUCAAAUAUGACCCUCUCCAUGGAAUGAGGGUGAGUGGGCUUUUAGUUUCCUUUUCCAUACCACUGCAGUCUGUUCUAGGUCAGUUUAGUGGUGACCCAUCACAAGUUCAUUUGGUAGAUAACCACCAGCUUUUACUUGGAAGGUAAGGCUAUAUGUUUCCUCCUACAUAACCUCACCACCUGGUGGCAUAUUAUAAUAAAAGCAAAUCUGAAAGAGUUCUCUCACAUGCACAAGUAUGUAUUCACAAGCAGGGCCCUUGGAAAGCUUGGGAAAGUUCUUUUCUGAUCAUAACCCCAUAAAUACCUUGACUGACAGGACAGCAGUGAUAUUCUGAAGGCAGGAUUAGGUAACCCAGUGGAUCAGGCAACACAGUCUUAAAUGGGUGGGCUGGGGGAAGGCACAGGCACAGAGUUCUAGACCUGCAAUACUAACAGAAGUCAUGAGCUUGUAGCAUCUGCCAUGUUGUUAUAACUCAUCUUGUGCAUUUUCCCCCUUAAAAUGUUUCUAGACAACCACUUACCUUUCAAGCGCCAUUCACUAAUGAAAAAUUACUAACAUUCCCUUAUGCUGAUUAACACUGGUAUAGAUUUCGGUGAUAAUGUUUAAAGCCACCAGAUUGGGGUCCUUCAAAUUCUGCCUGGCCUACCCCCAGGGUAAGAUUAAAGUUAAACUAUACAUAUACAAAUACAUCAAAGUUUAUACUAAAGCAUUUUGAAGUAAAUUAUUGCAUAUUAAAAUAAACAGGCACCAACAAAUUCUCCCAUCUUUUGCAUUCUUUUUUUUUUUUAACUAAUGGAAAUUACUCAACUGUUGGCCUACAUUUGUUCUGUGCAUAGAAAUUAAAAGGCAUGAUGAAAUGGCUACCUUAGAUUAGGUUAGAAAAGCAAUUUUUUUUUAAUGACUUUCUAAGAAACAUGUUCCUAACCUCACAGUCCCCUAUUCCUGUUUUUAAUCGUUGAACACCUAAGCCUGCUUAAAAAUGCUCUAAGUUGUCAUUUUCUCGCAUCCUUUGCACUUCAUUGGUUUGGGGAAGGCUUUCUAAAGUCCAGGAGUUGGAAGAGAAAAGGACCAGCUGUGAACGGAGAUGCAAUUUUAAGUUUGUUACAAUUUUUUUGAUUGCAACCCUUUCCUUAGUGGCUGUUACUUGGGUCUUUAUGUUGGUAGUUUUGAUUAUUAUUUUAAAGAUCAAAAGUAAUUUUAGAAAAUGACAAAAAUUAGAGAAUAUUAAAAGCAGCAAGGGAAGAGCAACAAAUAACAUACAAGUUAAGUCCCAUAAGGCUAUCAGCUGAUUUUUCAGCAGAAACUCUGUAGGCCAGAAGGUAGUGGCACAAUAUAUUUAAGAUGAUGAAAAAAACCUACAACCAAGAAUAUUCUACCCAGCAAGGUUCCCAUUCAGAUCUGAUGGAGAAAUUAAAAGCUUUAUAGACAAGCAAAACCUAAGAGUUCAGCACCACCUAACCAGCUUUAUAACAUAUGUUAAAGGAAAUUCUCUGGGUGAAAAAGGCUGCGACUAGAAGUAAGAAAAUUACAAAAUGAAUGAGGUAAACAUACACUAAAGGUAGGAAAUCAUCUACACACAAAGCUAGAAAGGAGGUCAAAAGACAAAAAUAGUAAAGUCAUCUAUAUCCACAAUAAGCAGGUAAGGGAUACACAAAACAAUUAGAUAUAAAAUAUGACAUCAAAGACAAUCAUUUUGGGAGGAGAAUACAAAUGCUGGAUUGUUAAAAUGCAUUCAACUUAAGAAAUCAACAACUAAAAUAUCACAUAUAUAGAGAGAAAUUGCUAUAUAUAAACCUCAUGGUAACCACAAACUAAAAAUUUGUAAGAGAUACACAAAAAGAGAAGGGACUAAUGACAUUGCGAUCAACUAUAAUAUUUUUUAAAAAGAGAAAGGAAUUCAAACAUAAUACUAAAGAUAGUCAUCAAAUCACAAGAGAGCAAAAGAAGGGGGAAAAAAGACCUACAAAAAUGAACCCAAAACAAUUAACAAAAUGUCAGUAAGAACAUACAUAUCAAUAAUUACCCUAAAUGUAAAUGGACUAAAUGCUCCAACCAAAUAACAUAGACUGACUGAAUGGAUGCCAAAACAUUUAUAUGUAUGCUGUGUAAGGAGACUCAUUUCAGAUCUAGAGACACAGACUGAAAUUUGGGGAUGGAAAAAGGUAUUCCAUGCACAUGGAAAUCAAAAUAAAGCCAGAGUAGCAAUACUUACAACAGAUAAAAUGAACUUUUAAAAAAAAGUUUGUUACAAGAGACAAAAGACACUACAUGAUGGUCAAGGGAUCGAUCCAAGAAAAAGAUGUAACAAUUGUAAAUAUACAUGCACCCAACAAAGGAGCAGCUAAAUACAUAAGGCAAACAUUAAUGGAUAUAAAAGGAGAAGUCAACAGUAACACAAUAAUAGUAGAGGACUUUGACACCCCACUUACAUCAAUGGACAGAUCAUCCAGAUUGAAAAUCGAUAAGGAAACGUGGGCCUUAAAUGACAAAUUAGACCACAUGGAAUUAAUUGAUAUUUAUAGAGCAUUCCAGCCAAAAGCAGCAGAAUCCACACUCUUUUCAAGUGUACAUGAAACAUUCUCCAGGAUAGAUCACAUGUUAGGCACAAAAAAAGCCUUGAUAAAUUUAAGAAAAUUAAAAACAUAACAAGCAUCCUUUACAACCACAACACUACAAGACUAGAAACAAACUACAAGAAAAAACUGUUAAAACACACACACGCACAUGGAGGCUAAACAAUAUGCUACUAAACAACCAAUGGGUCACCGAAGAAAUCAAGGAAGUUAAAAAAAUGCCUAGAAACAAAUGAAAAUGAAAACAUGACAAUCCAACACCUAUGGGACAGAGCAAAAGCAGUUCUAAUGGAAGUUUAUAGUGAUACAAGCUUACCUCAGAAAACAAGAAAAAUUGCAAAUAAAAAACCUAAUCUUACAUCUAAAGAAACUAGAGGAAGAACAAACCCCAAAUUUAGUAGAAGGAAAGAAAUUAUAAAUAUUAGAGCAGAUAAAUAAAAGAGACUUUAAAAAAAAAUGGAAAAGAUCAACGAAACUGAAAGCUGUUUCUUUGAAAAGAUAAAAUUGACAAACCUUUAGCCAGACUCACCAAGAAAAAAGGAGAGAGGGCCCAAAUCAAUAAAAUCAGAAAUGAAAAAGAAGUUAAAACCAACACCACAGAAAUACAAAGAAUUGUAAGAGACUACUCUGAACAACUAUAUGCUAAAGAAAAUGGACAUAGAAAUAAAUGAACAAAUUCUUAGGAAGGUACAAUCUCCCAAGACUGAACCAGGAAGAAAUAGAAAAUAUGAACAGACCGAUUAACAGGGCUGAAAUUGAAUCAGUAAUUUUUUAAACUCCCAACAAACAAAAGUCCAGGACCAGAUGGCUCCCCAGGUUAUUUCUACCAAACAUUUAGAGGCUUAUAACAUCUAUCCUUCUGAAACUAUUCCAAAAAAUUGCAGAGGAAGGAACACUUCCAGACUCAUUCUAUGAGGCCAGCAUCACCCUGAUACCAAAACCAAAGGUAUCACAAAAAUUGAAAAUUACAGGCUAAUAUCACUGAUGAACAUAGAUGCAAAAAUCCUCAAUAAAAUACUAGCAAACCGAAUCCAGCAAUACAUUAAAAGGAUCAUACACCAUGAUCAAGCGGGAUUUACCCGAGGGACGUGAGGAUUUUUCACUAUCGCAAAUCAAUCAGUGUGCAAUACCACGUUAUCAAAUAGAAAAAUAAAAGCCAUAUGAUCAUAUACAGAUGCAGAAAAGGCUUUUGAUAAAAUUCAGCAUCGAUUUAUGAUAAAAACUCUCCAGAAAGUAGGAAUAGAGGAAUCAUACCUCAACAUAAUAAAGGCCAUAUAAUGCAAACCCACAGCUAACAUCAUACUCAGUGGUGAAAAGCUGAAAGCAUUUCCUCUAAAAUCAGGAACAAGACAAGGAUGCCCACUCUCACCAUUUUUAUUCAACACAGUUUUGAAGUUCUAGCUGCAGCAAUCAAAGAAAAAGUUAUAAAGAAACCCAACUUGGAAAGGAAGAAAUAAAAUGUCACUAUUUGCAGGUGACAUGAUACUAUACAUAGAAAAUCCUAAAGAUGCCACCAGAAAUCUACUAGAGCUCAUCAAUGAAUUCGGUAAAGUUAUAGGAUACAAAAUUAAUAUUCAGAAACCUGUUGUAUUUCUAGACACUAAAAAUGAACCAUCAGAAAAAGAAAUUAAAGAAACAGUCCUAUUUACGAUCACAUCAAAAAGAGUAAAAUACCUAGGAAUAAACCUACCUAAGGAGGUAAAAAAACCUAUGAUCAGAAAACUGCCAGACACUGAUGAAAGAAACUGAAGACAACACAAACAGAUGGAAAGAUAAGCCAUGUUCUUGGAUUGGAAGAAUAUUGUUAAAAUGACCAUACUACCCCAUGACCAUUCUACCCAAGGCAGUCUACAGAUUCAAUGCAAUAUGCACUUGGAAAAGAAUCUGAAAAAAGAAAAUAUAUAUGUAUGUAUAUGUAUAACUGAAUCACUUUGCUGUACACCUGAAACUAACAUUGCAAAUCAACUACACUUAAAUAAAAAAUUUUAAAGGGAUUGCAUUGCAACAAACUAGUGAACAUAACAAAAAAGCAGACUCACAGAACAAACUAGGAGUUACUAAUGAGGAGAGAGAAGUGAGGAGGCGCAAUAUAUAGGGGUGAGAGAUUGAGAGGUACAAAUUAUUAGGUAUAAAAUAAGCCGCAGGGAUAUACUGUCCAACACAGGGAAUGUAGCCAAUAUUUUGUGAUAACUAUAAAUGGAGUGUAACCUUUGUAAAUUGUCAGUCACUAUGUUGUACAUCUGUAAACUUGUAUAGUAUUAUACAUCAACUGUAUGUCAAUAAAAAAAUUAAAAAUAAAAAUAAAGCAAUUUUAGGAAUUAG